AAAUUGUUUCAGUGGCCACCAUGGCUCUUCCUUCGCUUCGAACUGUUGAGAUUGAAAGAAUGACUAUGGAAACUAUAAUCAAACAUUGCACGGAGUCUCCCAUCACUGCCAGAGGACAGCUUCGUGGAUUUGAUGUUGGCUUUGUCCUUGAAGUUACCAAUUGUUCUCGUUUCCCUCCUUUUGCCCCGGAUGCCGGUGAAGAUUUUAAUGUCGCUGGUGACAACUAUCAGCGUGACUUGAUGGGAUAUCUGAGGGAGGAUAAUGUUGGCAAGGACAAUGUUGUGUGGUAUCAGGCUGGUUCGGUUGAGUCCUCUCGAACUUUUACAAUGAUUGAUACCUUCAUGAAAUACCCGGGGGAUAUUAAGAGGUGUGGUGCAUCGAAUAUGAUCCAGAUGAAGCUGACCUAGGCAUCCUAGCAUUGCCUGCUUUCAACCUUUCAGAUUCCUUUAUGGCCUCUUACCGACACGGAGACAUUAAGUUUUCUG